AUGUCGACUGGCUGCACUGAAAUCCAAGCGUAUUCCCUUGGCACACACCCAUUCGCCCACUCUUUCUGCUCAAUGAAACUAACGGACCACGGUCAACGACAGCCAACCUUUGCAGUUCCUCAAACUUUACCUUUGCAUCAGCAACACGCCUAUUUGUCUGGUGGAAGAUGGCUCGUGACGGAAAUGGAUGAUGGAUUGGACGAGGUUCCUGCCAUCCACGAGCCGAUAGUGCGAAUUCAGUCGGCCUCCACAAGGUCGAGGUCUUGCCUGGCGCCUUAUAACGACCCCCUCAAGUCGCCGUCUUCCUAA